AGGCACAAUGGUGUUUCCAGGACACAGAGCUUCUAGGGAAAAAGAGGCGUGAACUCAGCUGAACUCAGCUUCCUCAAGCUGGAAGCCUGGUUCCAUCUCAAGGUCCUGUGUGGGGCUCUGUGCUGGCUAUUUGUGUACAGUUCUGGUGAUGACAUGGGCAAGGAGGGUGAGCAGCCAAGAUCCCAGAGGGGUUUUGGGUUGGUGUGAUUGAAAGAAGAGGCCCGGGUAAUGGAAGCUUGAGGAAGUGACCUCACUUCCUUGGUGACAGACCCUAACAGAACUUAGCACACUGGUCUCCAGGCACCCACAUUCUAGACACAGCCUCCUAUUGAGCUCACUUGAGUGGAGACACUCAAGAGAGCAGGAUGCUCUGCUGUUGUCUCCCGACUUGUCGAGGCUGUGGCUUCAGGAAAGCCAAGAAACAGAGCCUUUUCAGUUGCUACACACAUUGGCUUGGCCCUCACCUGCACCGCCUCUGGCCAUUUGGCAGGAGGAGCCCUCAGAGCUGCACGCAGGAGGUGGUUGAAGAGCUGGCGGAUGGCUUUGGGUACUCCAUCUCCCUGGACAGGGACCAGCUGCACCGCACCAUCAUCAAUAACCAGGGCUGCUCUGAGAGUGAAGAUGAGUCCACUCUGUCUGUCACUGAGGCCUGCAGGAUGCGUGCCCUCCAGGCAGGCAUGAUGCAGAGGCUCUCAGAGUCUGUGCUGCCAGCCUUCCCCAGCAGAGUCCUCUGCAGUGUCAUCACCUCCCUCUGCAGUGACUCAGGCUCCAGCACAGCCCACCAGGUGCUGGACCAGCUGUUUCCCAGGUCCCAUCUACCCUCCAUCCCGGGCGAUGCCCUCAUCCCCUUUGGGACACAUGGAGGCAGCUUGGCCCAUUGCAUGCGGGAUGCUGGAGGACAGGACCACCUCCCAAAUGCUAUCUAUUUCCUGCUGGGAACCUGGCUGGGCCAAGGGCAGGAUUGCAGGGAGCCCCUACAGUUUCCAUGCUGGACCCUGCAGCUGGCCACUCUGCACCUUAGCUUUGGUGGCUCACAUGUGGAGGGCCAUGCCUACCUUCUGCCAGGACACCUGGAGCACCUGAAGGCCAUUGAGGCCAAACAGAAAGAGCCAGCUCCAAAGCUCCUGCCACAUCCAGAGCCAGAGCCAGAGCCAGAACCAGCCCCUGGGCUAGAACCAUCUCCAGCUCCAGCCCCACCACCCGUGGCAGACCUGGAGCCAGCAUCACCUGCAUCGGACCCUACAGGGCUGGAGGAAGGGGCACCAUUAGCUUCAGCCCCAGUGCCAGCUCCUGAACUAGAGCCCACUGGACCCUGGGCUGUGACCACCGAAAACCAGCUGAGGGAGGAGAAGCUGAACAUCUUGGACUUCCCUCCCUGGCUGGUGGCAGAGCAGCUGACGAGGAUGGAGGCGGUGAGCAGCGGGGCUUGCAGGGCAGGGGGGCCCUGCCUUCCUGUGCCAUGAGCUGCCCCACACCUGCCAUUCCCUCAUCCAAAAUCUGAUG